AUGCUUAAUGCAUAAAAAUAAUAGUUGAAGGGUUUUAAAAAUGCUCUAAGCUUUAAAAUGUAGAUUUAAAUUUAAGUUUUAAUCGCAGAUUGGAUAAAAAGGCAUUAUAAAACUUAUCUUAUGGAGUGUCAUAAUGCAAAAAUAUAACUCAUUUAUGCCUAAGUUUUCAAGAAAACAAAAUAGAUGACGAUUCUUUAUAUGAAUUAAGCUCUGGUAUUUCAGAAUGCUAAAAUCUUUAGUAAUUUGCUAUCAAUUUAAGAAAAAGUUAAAUUACACCAGUUGGAAUAAUAAUCCUAGCUUAGUCCUUAUUAAAUUGCAAAGCUCUAGAAAAUCUAUCAAUUAAUUUAGCUUAAUGCCUAAAUGAAAAAUACUCUAGCUGCAGUGAUUUUGGAUAUUAUCUUUGUUAGCAUCAAAAUUUAAAAAAUUUAGAAUUUAAUUUUAAUGAAUCAUUUUUUAGUUCGUAAGAUAUUGAAGAGUUAAGCUAAGAGUUAAAAAAUAUGGAAAAUCUUAGUUCUUUAAACAUAGAAUAUUAAUUUUAAUACAGUUACAGCGAUUAAUCUUAUGAUUCUAAUAAAAAAAUGUUUAAAAGAAUGA